CCUGCCAUCAUGACAACAGCUUUGGUCGGUUGGAGUUCCAUAGCCUAGCUUCGGUGGUCGUGGUCGGCCGGCAGGACCUAUAGCAAUAAUGAAGUUCGUGAGGUUUAUAAUGAAAAAUGCCGCCCUGGCGAGUGCGCCCAAACAUAUCGAGCAUUUUUCUAAAUUUUCUCCUUCGCCGCUGUCCAUGAAGCAGUUUCUGGAUUUCGGCUCCAUAAACGCCUGUGAGAAGACCUCCUUCGUGUUUUUGCGACAGGAGCUGCCUGUCCGACUUUCAAACAUAAUGAAAGAAAUCAACUUGUUGCCCAACAAACUCCUCACAACUUCCUCCGUGCAGAUGGUGCAGAGCUGGUACAUUCAGAGUUUAAUGGAGAUUCUUGAAUUCCUCGACAAGAAUCCAGACGACCACAGAGUUCUUGGAGAGUUUGUUGAUGCCUUGGUCACGAUCAGAAACAGGCACAAUGACGUAGUGCCGACUAUGGCUCAGGGUAUCAUCGAAUACAAAGAGGCCUUCCCACAGGACCCAGUCACCAACCAGAACAUCCAGUACUUUCUGGACCGCUUCUACAUGAGCCGUAUCUCUAUCCGAAUGCUCAUCAACCAGCACACUCUUAUUUUUGACGGUACUACAAACCCUGUUCAUCCAAACACCAUUGGCAGCAUUGACCCUCACUGUCAAGUUGGGGAUGUAGUCCAAGAUGCCUUUCAUAGUGCUAAGAUGCUGUGUGACCAGUACUACCUCCGUUCCCCAGACCUCGUACUAAAGGAGAUGAGCAGCAAUAAGAAGAACCUUCCAGUUAGCAUCGUAUACGUACCCUCUCAUCUUUAUCACAUGCUGUUUGAGCUCUUUAAGAACGCUAUGAGAGCAACAAUAGAGACCCAUGACAACAGCAACAACCUCCCACCUGUUCAAGUCUUGGUGUCUCUCGGAGGCGAGGACUUGUCAAUCAAGGUGAGCGACAAGGGAGGCGGUGUCCCCUUUCGGAGGAUUGAGAACCUCUUCAGCUACAUGUACUCCACCGCUCCGGCACCACAGAUAGGAGAGCACUCCCGGCCUCCGCUGGCUGGCUUCGGCUACGGGCUGCCAAUCUCUCGACUCUAUGCCAAGUACUUCCAGGGGGACCUGCAGCUCUACUCCAUGGAGGGCCAUGGCACAGACGCUGUCAUCUACUUAAAGGCGCUGUCCACGGACUCCAUUGAGAGGCUGCCGGUGUACAACAAAACUGCUUUGAAGAACUACAAAGUAAGCCAAGAGGCCGAUGACUGGUGCAUACCCAGCAAAGAGCCUCUGGAUCUGAGCAGCUAUAAGGUGGCCAAGUGAAAACCAGAUCAGGCCGAUGUACCGUGACACCUUUGGAAUCUCAAACUCCCACAUCUUUAUCAGUCGAGGCAGGUGUGGCCUACGAACAAUUUUCCCACAAAGAGGGACGUCUCCAGACGAAAAAAAGACACCAUUUCCUUGUUAUUCAAGUCUGGAUUUAGCAGUAGCAUGCUUUCAUCAGCUUGUGUCCCUUUGGGGUUUUAUAAAAAAAUAGGAAACCUUACUAACUGAAGAUGUUUAUCAAAAGACACCCAUAUGAUCUGUCAUAGGUUGCAUCAGCAGGGAGUUUGUGUGGACGUGCAAACUGGAGUCAUGCAGGUAGAGAGAGGCAGCACCAGGCAUGUUUGGAGUGAGGUGCUGUGGCAACGACAGUAGGAGUAGGAACAGAAAGAUGCAAAAGAAAAGUGUGUUCAGACCAAAAGAUGGGCAAAUAUUUCCAUGGUUAGAAAACAUACAAGGUCCAGAGAGCUUGAACCUGUAGCAAGAAACAUAAAUCCUGCUUUACUACAAAUCAAGGUUGUGAAAGUUGUAGCUGAGCCAUUGUAGGGAGUCUCUAGACAUCCUAAAACUGCAUCGUAAAUGUUUGGCCCAAAAAUCAUGCAUUUCAAAAUGAUUUGUUUGGAAAGGCAGAACCUUGUUCUGCUUUUGGUUUGAACACGACAAGGGAAGGUCAAAAUAUUCAAAAAUCCAAGGACAUAAGUGCAGCUGUUUGAGGAGUGCCAUAAGGAGGUUUUCAGUUGAACAGGGAGGAGCCUGUUGUUGAACAAGUAAGAGGACCAGAUUUUAUUUCCUGUAGAUUUUGUCACCCAAGCCUUACAGUGUAAACUCCACCCAAAGGCUCAUUUAAGUGAAAUACUUGAAUUGUUUAGAAUUAAACUCAUCUUGCACCUUGUUAAACUGAAGCACUGUAAUACAGUAAGGUAUGUAGAAUGGAACAAACGUAGUAUUUUUGUGCAUGUGUUUGGACAUUUCAGCUCUUAAAAAGAAUCACAGUAUUGGCAGUGUCUUAUAAGAUACAGUGUUAUCUUAGCAUCAGACCAGGCUGAAUGUAUUCUGCUUUUUUUCUGUGCAUUAAUUUGCAUUAAAUACAAAGGGUAUUAUACUCUGAACAUUAUACAAGGCCCAAGUUCUCUCUCAUGUACUACAGAGCAUUUUCCACGCUUCUUUGGAGGUUUAAUGCUCUUAGCUGAGCUCAGUAGAAGCUAGUGUUUUUAAACCCCAGGAGGCAGAGGAUGUCAUGUUGAAGUCCUCAAACAGUCUGUGAUCCAAUACGGCUAAAGGCCAGUCGCAGCUUUUUAUUACACUGUGCCAUAGGAGGAGGAAAUGCCUUGGGUCCAUGUGUGUUAAACACAGUUUUCUUUUAUAUUAAAUUCAUCUUAAUCAUACAGAGUGUGAGAGGUUAUUUUUAUAGAGCUUUAUAGUGACUGAAAAUGAUUGUACAUACUGUAAAUACAGCACAGAUAAUAAAAAAUGAACAAAUGGAA